UAUGAAUCUUCGACCCUAAGAUCAUUCAGAAGUAUCUAUAAAAUUAAUCAUGAUUAUUAGAACAAUCAAGCAUAAUACAAUAAAAAAUAUGCAAUCUAUUAUUAAAAGCCUGGAGAUGAAGAGCUUAAAUAAAUUGUACUUGAGUUACCCAAUAUUUUCACAGUUGGGGACUGUAUAGAUUUUACUAUUGAACAAAUCAACCUAUAAGAUCCCUGUAAAUAUUCAAACUAAAUUAUUAUUAGCUUUAAAACUGUAAGGCUCCUCAGAUCGUUUUAAAUUAAAAGUAGCAAAAAAGAAUGGAAAACCUAAAGAUGAUUUACCAGGUAUUUCAAUCAUUAUAGAUAGCCUUGGAUAAUGAAUAAUAACUUAUUGAUACUGGUGCAAUAGUAUUUGCUUUAGUUUUAAAUCAAAAUUAGUAGCAAUUAGAAAAACAGAUGACUUUUGCUCCAACAAACUAAAAUAAUUAGAUUCAAUAAUCUCAAAACAACUAAUAAGAAUCUUCAAUUAAAUAAAGAACAUCUUAUAGCAAUAGUUUAAGUAAUAAUAAGAAGGUAAUUUGAAUCUACCAUUAAAUUUAGGGUAAAAAUGGAGGAAAUGAUUAAAAAAAUGAUGGAAAUGGAUUUUGUUUUUUUAAGUAAUGCGCUUGAAAUGAAUUCGUACUACUAACUUAAUAUAUCCC